AGCCGCUGCCAUGGCAACCCCCCCACAUGACUAGCUGAAAACACACUGCAGUCUCCAAGCCCCACAGCUCAGCUGCUUACAGGGCAAGGGUUCAGGGCUGACAGCACACAGCUUGCAGUGUACAGAGAUUGUGCGGGCUUCUCAGUGCUGCAAGAUGCAACACAGGGCUUAUCAGCCAGUACUUCCAUGUGGGAACAAGUACCUACAGCAGAAAUGGGACAUAACUUGCUACAAGGAACACAGGAGAAAGGUGAAGUCAGCACAGCCCAUGGUGAACACUACCUCACCGCAAGCAUAUGGUCAUCUUCACGUAAAAAUGAAGAAGUUGAAGCUGGAAGAGGAGCGCCUGUCUGUUAUUCAGAGAGAUAACGACAUGCUGCUGGGGAAGAUGUCUUACAUUAUGAGGACAACAGGACGUAUUGACAACAGAAACGACUACGAAUAUAAAAGUCUGAGCAGAGAGAAGCGACAACAGGAGCUGCUUCGUGUCACCAAGGAGAACCAGGUCAUCCUGGAAAGGAUCUCCCAUUGUGGGUCACGCUACAGUGUGGAGAGGUGGCGUGAGGACUGGCGGAGGACUGAAAAAUACAUGGAGCGAAUUGCGCACUACCCUCGGAGACAGAGUCCCGCGUGCAACAGAAAGAUUAAAGCUAUGUCCUCCAGGAAUAAGACCAAGAAAAAUGAGGGAAAAGAAAAGGAUAAGGAAGAUCAGAGAGCAUGCGUCCCUGGAUCUCAUCAGCCAAACAAAGGGUCAGAGAGAAAGGAGAAAACAGAAACAGAAGAGAGAGAAAGCAGUUCUGGGGCUGAGACAUAUGAGGACACACGAGAGGAGACAGAGCAGACAACUGAGCAGGGGGAUGCACACAAGGAAUAAUUGUUCUGCACUGGUUUUUGCAUGCGGCAAAAGAAUACCAAUUAUAUACACACAAUACACAAUUAUAUUUCUUGUGCAUGCUACAGUUGUGAAGGCACCAUGGCAUGUGGUAAAUGUUCUUUACUGAAAAACAAAGCUGAAAUGUGGAAAAACUAUCAGAUGCUUUAAGAUGCUAUCAAGUGUCUAUUGAAUAUUUAUAAGAAUUUUUGUAACAACAGAAAUUGCCUUGGAUAUGAUUAUGUUGUGAUUUUUUUGCGCAAUUAAAAUAUUGCUGUCUAACAUUUCAAAUCUCUGUUAGUUCAGUUUGUUUACUGUGGCUAAUUAAGUUUAACAUCAUCAACGUUAACAUAUUCAGUAAGUUAAAUAAGAGAUAUCAGACAUCACUGGAAAAUGGAAAUGGUUUGUUGUUGUAUGUUGACAACUAAUUAAAGUUUCUUUUACAGCUCAAAUAAUAAAAACAGCUACUUGUAAACAGCAA